AUGGUCAACAACAUAUACAGUAAGAUGCUCAACGCGGCUCGUCUGCAACGACCAUUGCCGCAUUGGAGAACUAUUAUGAGCUUCCAAAUCGAAUUUUUAUUCUGCGAGCUGUUCAACCUGAACGGACACGGCGAGAGUGACUUCAACGUCCCCAUCGAAACUGUCACUAACGUAAUUGAGCUUGCCCGAAUCUUCAAAGUCGACAUCAAGUAG